AUGUCUAAUUCUGGUGUCUGGGUCAGAGGAAACUCGGACUACAAACGUGUAUCAGUCAUGAUGUCUAAUUCUGGGGUCUGGGUCAGAGGAAACUCGGGCUACAAACGUGUAUCAGUCAUAAUGUCUAAUUCUGGUGUCUGGGUCAGAGGAAACUCGGGCUACAAACGUGUAUCAGUCAUAAUGUCUAAUUUUGGUGUCUGGGUCAGAGGAAACUCGGGCUACAAUUGUGUAUCAGCCAUAAUGUCUAAUUCUGGUGUCUGGGUCAGAGGAAACUCGGACUACAAACGUGUAUCAGUCAUGAUGUCUAAUUCUGGUGUCUGGGUCAGAGGAAACUCGGACUACAAACGUGUAUCAGUCAUGAUGUCUAAUUCUGGUGUCUGGGUCAGAGGAAACUCGGACUACAAACGUGUAUCAGUCAUGAUGUCUAAUUCUGGUGUCUGGGUCAGAGGAAACUCGGGCUACAAUUGUGUAUCAGUCAUAAUGUCUAAUUUUGGUGUCUGGGUCAGAGGAAACUCGGACUACAAACGUGUAUCAGUCAUAAUGUCUAAUUCUGGUGUCUGGGUCAGAGGAAACUCGGGCUACAAACGUGUAUCAGUCAUAAUGUCUAAUUCUGGUGUCUGGGUCAGAGGAAACUCGGGCUACAAACGUGUAUCAGUCAUAAUGUCUAAUUUUGGUGUCUGGGUCAGAGGAAACUCGGGCUACAAUUGUGUAUCAGUCAUAAUGUCUAAUUCUGGUGUCUGGGUCAGAGGAAACUCGGACUACAAACGUGUAUCAGUCAUGAUGUCUAAUUCUGGUGUCUGGGUCAGAGGAAACUCGGACUACAAACGUGUAUCAGUCAUGAUGUCUAAUUCUGGUGUCUGGGUCAGAGGAAACUCGGACUACAAACGUGUAUCAGUCAUGAUGUCUAAUUCUGGUGUCUGGGUCAGAGGAAACUCGGGCUACAAUUGUGUAUCAGUCAUAAUGUCUAAUUUUGGUGUCUGGGUCAGAGGAAACUCGGACUACAAACGUGUAUCAGUCAUAAUGUCUAAUUCUGGUGUCUGGGUCAGAGGAAACUCGGGCUACAAACGUGUAUCAGUCAUAAUGUCUAAUUCUGGUGUCUGGGUCAGAGGAAACUCGGGCUACAAACGUGUAUCAGUCAUGAUGUCUAAUUCUGGUGUCUGGGUCAGAGGAAACUCGGACUACAAACGUGUAUCAGUCAUAAUGUCUAAUUUUGGUGUCUGGGUCAGAGGAAACUCGGGCUACAAACGUGUAUCAGUCAUAAUGUCUAAUUCUGGUGUCUGGGUCAGAGGAAACUCGGGCUACAAACGUGUAUCAGUCAUAAUGUCUAAUUCUGGUGUCUGGGUCAGAGGAAACUCGGGCUACAAACGUGUAUCAGUCAUAAUGUCUAAUUUUGGUGUCUGGGUCAGAGGAAACUCGGGCUACAAUUGUGUAUCAGUCAUGAUGUCUAAUUUUGGUGUCUGGGUCAGAGGAAACUCGGGCUACAAACGUGUAUCAGUCAUGAUGUCUAAUUUUGGUGUCUGGGUCAGAGGAAACUCGGACUACAAACGUGUAUCAGUCAUAAUGUCUAAUUCUGGUGUCUGGGUCAGAGGAAACUCGGGCUACAAUUGUGUAUCAGUCAUAAUGUCUAAUUCUGGUGUCUGGGUCAGAGGAAACUCGGACUACAAACGUGUAUCAGUCAUGAUGUCUAAUUCUGGUGUCUGGGUCAGAGGAAACUCGGACUACAAACGUGUAUCAGUCAUGAUGUCUAAUUCUGGUGUCUGGGUCAGAGGAAACUCGGACUACAAUUGUGUAUCAGUCAUGAUGUCUAAUUCUGGUGUCUGGGUCAGAGGAAACUCGGACUACAAUUGUGUAUCAGUCAUAAUGUCUAAUUCUGGUGUCUGGGUCAGAGGAAACUCGGACUACGAACGUGUAUCAGUCAUAAUGUCUAAUUCUGGUGUCUGGGUCAGAGGAAACUCGGGCUACAAUUGUGUAUCAGUCAUAAUGUCUAAUUCUGGUGUCUGGGUCAGAGGAAACUCGGACUACAAACGUGUAUCAGUCAUGAUGUCUAAUUCUGGUGUCUGGGUCAGAGGAAACUCGGACUACAAACGUGUAUCAGUCAUGAUGUCUAAUUCUGGUGUCUGGGUCAGAGGAAACUCGGACUACAAACGUGUAUCAGUCAUGAUGUCUAAUUCUGGUGUCUGGGUCAGAGGAAACUCGGGCUACAAUUGUGUAUCAGUCAUAAUGUCUAAUUUUGGUGUCUGGGUCAGAGGAAACUCGGACUACAAACGUGUAUCAGUCAUAAUGUCUAAUUCUGGUGUCUGGGUCAGAGGAAACUCGGGCUACAAACGUGUAUCAGUCAUAAUGUCUAAUUCUGGUGUCUGGGUCUGA